GUGAACUCGGUUUUGUUCAACCACUCAUUAGCAGCUAGUAGCAAGGCAACUUAAUCAUGGCCAGUAUUCCUCCUCAAGCGAGGUCCAAACAGCUCCGAGCAUGUUUACUUUGUUCUAUCAUUCAACAUCCCAUGGAUUUUCGGAAGAACGGUUGUCCAAAUUGCGAAGAGCUCAUGCAGAUGAAAGGUUCUCCUGACCGCAUAAGUGUUUGCACUACCACCUAUUUUGAUGGUAUCAUUGCUGUCAUUGACACUGAGGCUAGUUGGGUUGCACGAUGGCAAAGAACAUCGAAGUAUGUUCGGGGAAUGUAUGCUGUCCGGGUGAAAGGUCGCAUUCCGGAAGAUGUAGAAGCUGAACUUGAGUCCCGUGGCAUCAAGUACCGUCCGAGAGACCAGAGUGAUCAGGAUUAGCAUGUCCUUAUAUAGCAAAAUUAAUAGUUAGCAUAGAUCUCUGUUAUACGUCGUAUUGUUCACUCGCCAUAAAUCAUAGUUACUGGAGCCAGCACCUGAGUCGGGAGCCCAUGGCACAUGAGCCACAUGUACAGUAGCUGCAGACUUUAUGCUCGAUCGCCGUUUAUGCCACUAUGUAAACAAGCUCUGCGGUAUCGCAGGACGAGAUCCAGCAAUGAAGCGUUGAUAUGCUUA